CUUGGUCUGAUCAUGGCCAUGGGCUUUUCUCCAGAGCAGGUGGCGUGUGUAUGUGAGGUUCUGCUCCAGAGUGGCAGCAUGGAUCGCUUGACCUCAUUUUUGUGCUCUUUGCCUCCCACAUCCUCCACUAUCUAUCUGGGGACGGCGCAGAGCCAGGAGAGCGUGCUGAAGGCGAGGGCCGCCGUCGCAUUCCACCACUGCCGUUUUGCAGAGCUUUAUGCCUUGUUGGAGGGGAACAUGUUCACUCCUCGCAGUCACCCUCUCCUACAGCAACUCUGGCUCCGGGCGCACUACAUGGAGGCUGAACUGCAAAGGGGCCGUCCUCUGGGGGCUGUAGGGAAAUAUCGGAUCCGUCGCAAAUUCCCACUGCCUCGUACUAUCUGGGAUGGAGAAGAGACCAGCUACUGCUUCAAGGAAAAGUCUCGCAGUGUGUUGAGAGAUUGGUACUGCAGAAAGCCAUACCCUUCACCACGAGAGAAACGAGAUUUGGCUGCAGCCACUGGUCUCACUGCUACACAAGUCAGCAACUGGUUCAAGAACCGCCGUCAGAGGGACAGAGCUGCAACUAGCCGUCAAGGGUCAUUCCUGUCUUCCAACAGAACAUCAGCAGGAGUGUUCUUGAGCUCUGAUGAGGAACUUUCUCCACCAGGCAGCCCCAGCACGCUGUAUUCCUGCUCUCUGUCUGCCCACCCGCCCCCUCUACGUCACCUGGGAACAGCACAAUACUAGGAUACAUUUAAUGCAUUGCAGGUUAAACUAUUAAAAGCAUUGGUUCAAUUUUCAAUCUUAAUAGAUAUGAAUACUAUUUAUACCACGGGUCUGUUGAAUGCUUUGUUUUAAUUGGUUGAGAAAUGUUCUAUGUGUGUUGAUUAUUUUUCUGUAAACCGCACACCUAACCUUUCAAACGUUUUAAAAAUAGGCACCAGAGCACUUUUUGUAAUAACCGUGGUAUAAGAGGAAAAAUUGACUCCGGUCCUUUGAAUUAUUUGAAAAUAAAUUUGGGUGUGCAUUAUUUUCUAAUAAUUCAACGGCCUGUUGUCAAUUAAUCCUUACUUAAAGUAAUAAAGCCUUGUAUUACUUAACUAGUGCUGAUGAUAAACCAUAAACCAAGUUUUUACAUGCGAGUAUAGUAAGUUGAGCUUAUUUUAACAGCCUGGUGUGACACGAGAAAUGUUUGAAUCCAGCUCCAGCCAUCUUAAUCCCACCUUAACCCCUUUCUGUAACUAUUUUUCCUGUCUGCUCAUAUCUGUACAAAAUAAAUGUUAUUUUUCAUAAUUGUUUCAAAGAAGUGCAUUCA